CAGGGUAGCACAACAAUUUCGCCGGCAUCCACAUCCGCCGUGUCGGCAUCUUCGAGUCAACAGUCGCGAAAUUCCUUUGCCGUGGACAUGACCAGUGCUCGUCUCCUGUUCUCGUUGCUGAUUCCAUCGAUUCUGGCGGAGGCAGUUGCUCCUCCACGACGACCCAAUGUGGUGAUGGUGAUCUUCGAUGAUCUGCGUCCAGUGAUGGGCGUUUAUGGAGAUCCGCUGGCCAGCACUCCGUAUCUGGAUGCCUUUGCCCGGGGAAGUCAUGUGUUUACAAGGACGUAUAGUCAGCAAUCUCUGUGUGCACCCAGUCGAAAUUCCCUGCUCACGGGUCGACGUCCGGAUACCCUACAUCUUUACGACUUCUACAGUUACUGGCGUACUUUUACCGGAAACUUUACCACUCUGCCGCAGUACUUCAAGGAGCAUGGAUAUUACACGUACAGUUGUGGGAAAGUAUUCCAUCCUGGCCUCUCAUCGAACAACACGGAUGACUAUCCGCUGAGUUGGUCAGCUCCGGCUUUUCGUCCUCGCACGGAGCAGUUUAUGAAUUCCCCGGUGUGUCCCGAUAGGGAGGGCAUUCUCCGGAAGAAUCUCAUUUGUCCGGUGGAGCUGCAAACGCAACCGUACAAGACAUUGCCGGACAUUGAGUCCGUGGCGGAGGCUUUGCGGUUUGUGGGGUCUCGGAAGACUAACAAUCGUGAGCCCUUUUUCCUGGCCAUGGGUUUCCAUAAGCCACAUAUAAAUUUCCGCUUUCCGCGGCAAUUCCUCUCAAGAUUUAAACUUUCCCAAUUUUUCAAUUACACGGAGGACAGUAUGAAACCACCGGAUAUGCCGGCAGUGGCGUGGAAUCCCUACACAGAUGUUCGUGCCAGGGAUGACUUCAAGCACUCGAAUAUAUCCUUUCCCUAUGGACCGAUUUUCAGGCAUCAGGCCGCCCAAAUAAGACAGGGUUAUUAUGCCUCGGUGGCCUAUGUGGAUGAUCUGUUUGGCAAGCUAAUGGGAGGAUUGGAUUUGGAUAAUACGGUGGUGGUUGUCCUAGGAGACCAUGGUUGGUCUUUGGGCGAACAUGCCGAAUGGGCCAAGUACAGCAACUUCGAGGUGGCCCUCAGGGUUCCACUGAUCAUCAGGAGUCCGCAGUUUCCACUCUCGCAAACGAAGUACCAUCAUGACAUCACCGAACUUCUGGAUGUCUUCCCCACUUUGGUGGAUCUGGCCGGGCUGCCCAAGUUACCCAGCUGUCAGGACUCCCAGGAAUUGACCUGCGGCGAGGGCAAAAGUCUAUACCACCAGCUAAUGGGUUUGGGCACAGUUGAUGACCAUGUGGCCCUCAGUCAGUAUCCCCGCCCGGGAAUGUUGCCCACAAAGCACCCGAACAGCGACAAGCCCAAGCUGCGAAAUAUCAAAAUCAUGGGUUAUAGCCUCAGAACUGAUAUUUAUAGGUAUACCUUGUGGGUGAGAUUCCAUGCCCAAAACUUUAGCAGAGACUGGUACGAUGUGUAUGGCGAGGAGUUGUACGACCAUCGAUUGGAUUCUGGAGAGGAUCUGAACCUGGUGCCCCUGCCCGAGUUCGAUGAUGUGCGCCAACGACUGCGCCGGCGUCUGAUGGAGCUCGUUGGCAGCUAGUGGAGAUCGGAGAUCGCAGAUCGCAGAUCAGGGAUCCCUCCCUUCCGAAUCCCUCUGAUUUUAAAUACAUUCAUAAGCAAUAAAGGCAGCGCGACAAACGAUCUCGAGACGGCGAAAUAUCUUGUCGCCAUAA